AUGCUCAAUGCUCAUUACACGUUUACUGACGUCAAUACUAAACCUAUGUAUUUUAGUGUUUUGCCGAUAUGGACAGUUAUAAUAUGGAUAGAUAAUAGUUGUUUAAAAAGGCCGCUCAGCCAGCGACAGCGCCCCACGCCUCUCCCACUGGUGAGAGAGGUGAACGAUCAUCGAGGACUGGCGGCCGGAAGCCGUCGUCCGCCUCACGCUCAGGACGCCGCGCCACGUCUCAUCAACACGGCUGGUACGAUCUCACGUAGUGUGUAG